AUAAUAAUAAUAAUAACAAUAAUACACAACAACAAAACUAUAGAUUAAUAAAAAAAAAAGAACCAAAAUGGAUAUAAUUUUGCAUGAUGCCCGCGACUGGUACAAUGACCUCUUCGACAAUAAGAGCGAUCCUCGGGUUAAUAACUUCUUUUUGAUGUCCUCACCGUUACCCACACUUGGUAUGUGCAUAUUUUAUGCAUACUUCAGCAAAUCCUUGGGACCACAACUGAUGGCCAAGAGAAAACCAAUGGAGCUACGCUCGGUGCUAGUCAUUUACAAUGCCAUACAGACGAUAUUCAGCGCAUGGAUUUUCUAUGAGUACUUAAUGAGCGGUUGGUGGGGCCACUACAGUCUCAAAUGUCAGCCCGUUGACUACAGCAACAGUCCCCUGGCCAUGCGUAUGGUCAACAUUUGUUGGUGGUACUACAUAUCUAAAUUUACCGAAUUCUUUGACACACUCUUCUUCAUAUUGCGCAAGAAGAACGAGCAUGUAUCCACAUUGCAUGUCAUUCAUCAUGGCUGCAUGCCAUUCUCCGUCUGGAUGGGACUCAAAUUUGCUCCAGGUGGACACAGCACUUUCUUCGCCCUGCUCAACUCGUUUGUACAUAUUGUGAUGUACUUCUAUUAUAUGGUCGCCGCCAUGGGUCCAAACUAUAAAAAGUAUAUAUGGUGGAAGAAGUAUCUGACCACCUUCCAAAUGGUUCAAUUCGUGGCCAUUUUCACGCAUCAGUUCCAGCUGCUGUUCCGCGAAUGUGACUAUCCCAAAGGUUUCAUGGUCUGGAUUGGUCUGCAUGGCGUCAUGUUCCUAUUUCUGUUCUCCGACUUCUACAAAGCCAAAUAUCUGAGUGUGCAGCGUCGCCGCCAGGCCAAGCAGGCUGUCAAAGUGAACGGACAUUCGAAUGGUCGUCUGCAAGCGAAUGGCAAUGCGAAGCAUUUAAGCUCCGGUGAUGGUCCCCUGUCCAACGGCAACGGCAGCAAUAAGGGUGCCUGCAUGCCUGUGCUGGAGGAUGAAUUUGUUAAAGAGAGCAAUGGGCAUGCCACUGCCUUUGAAGAUGGCUAUUUCAAGGAGGGCGUACUAUCGAGCAACGAUGCCAUCUUGAAUCCGGACAGCAGUAGCUCUAGUCUGCAUCAACGCAAAGUCAAAUAACUACUACUAAGAUCUACUAAGAUGAUAUUCAUUAUGUGUACUUUAAGUGUUUAGCAAGUAAUAGAUGAAGAUGAAGGAGUAGGAGUCGGUGGAAGUGGAAGAAAGAGCCAAACGAUUUGGUAACAACAAACAGCAUCAGCAGUGAAAAUGCGCAUGACUAUUGACAAUUGGCUGAAAUAUGGGAAGCCAAAUGAAUGGCGAUAAAUAUGAAACAUUCAAUCUAUUAUUUGUUUUUUAAUAAUUUAUAACAUUAAAAACGUUAAACUCA